UGGUAAUUAUACAAAAACGCAAUAUUAAACACAAUAUUAUGUUAACGGGCUGCAGGAUGCAAGCACAGUCAGACAGUUAGUUGAUGGAAGAGGCAGCAGCGUUGCAGCAAAACAGCCAUGACACAAAAAAGGACAUAUCCCUCUGGUGCAGAGAAAAGGAAAAGGAGAAACCCGAGGAAGAGAAAAAACAGCAAGAUAAAGGAGCACUGUGGAAAUAUUAUGGAGGUGGGGCACAACCAAUGCCACCUGCCCCAAGUGCCAGUGCUACAGCUGAUGAUGAUACAUCAGGUCCAUCCUCUGCAGGUGAGGAGCACUUACCAGCUCCUGCAUCCACUGAUCCUAUUGUUCCUUCCAUGUCUGUUUCAACCUCAGUGGAUGUGGCAGGAUAAGCGGUUGACGAUGGAUGGAUGGAUGGAUGUUCAGUCAUAUGAUUUCUACAAGAAUAGAUUAUGACCUUUAAAACUAUAAUUGAUAUGGACGAUCUAAUUGAAAUAUGUGCCUUUUGUGUGUAUAAUAAUAAUAAUAAAAACAAUGAUGCAUAAUUUAAAUCUUUAAAUAAUUUUGCAUUUCUAAUGCAGCUUUUGGGGAUCUAGCUUAUGUGUGAGCACGUGAGGUCAUAUGCUCAGAAGUUUGACACUCACCGCUGUGUCUUCACAUUCAGACUAGCAAAUCACGAAUCGGUUAGCGCCGUUUGCAUGACAGUUACGCAUUGUUCAAUUACACCAUAAAAAUGGGUGUGACAUAUGUAGCCUACAAGAUAAUAGAGCGCGUGGUCGCUGACGUGCUCAAUUGGACACAGUGAUAGUGGAGAGGUACUAUAAGUGCCACGCAGACUGCGAGAGAUAGUUGAGACUCAGGCAAGAAUAGCACAAACGGAGAACACUUGUGGUUGUAUUUAAACAUAUAGUUCACUUAAUUUUAUUUGGUCUGUAAAAGACUAUAAAACUACUUUAUUCUCUUUUAAAUCAGCAAUUCUAGAAUAUUCAAUGGAAUACCAAAAUGCGGCAGAUUUGAACGGUUGUUGCAAUGGCAAAAUUGUCACAGAGUAUCUCUGCCGAAACGGCUUUAGCGAGAUGUCAGUCGAGGCGAAGAAAGUCGCUGUCCAGCACAAAAACGAGACAUCCCGCAAAGAGGAGGAGGAUGAGUCGCGGUUACCUGCGCUGGAGGCGGCGUACACAACCAUAUUGCGAGGACUCGGAGAAAACACUGACCGACAGGGGCUCCUCAAAACCCCACUCCGUGCAGCCAAGGCCAUGCAGUUCCUGACCAAAGGGUACCAUGAAACAAUCUGCGAUAUCCUUAAUGAUGCCAUCUUUGACGAGGACCACGAGGAGCUGGUUAUUGUGAAAGAUAUUGACAUGUUUUCUCUUUGUGAACAUCAUUUAGUACCAUUUUUUGGCAAGGUUCACAUAGGAUAUCUGCCAAGUAAAAAGGUGGUUGGCCUCAGUAAGCUUGCAAGAAUUGUUGAAAUCUACAGUCGCAGACUUCAAGUGCAAGAGCGUCUAACAAAGCAAAUAGCUAUGGCAAUCUCUGAGGCUUUGCAGCCUGUCGGUGUAGCAGUUGUCAUUGAGGCAGCUCACAUGUGCAUGGUCAUGCGUGGAGUACAGAAGAUGAACAGCCGUACUGUGACUAGUGCCAUGCUGGGUGUGUUCAGAGAGGACCCAAAGGCUCGGGAGGAGUUCCUGGCUCUUACCAAAAGUGCAUAGUAAUCCACAUUUCCCUGCUCCUACUCUGUGUUUCCUUACAGUGAAACAGGUCAAUGAUUAUUCUCUACAUAUUAAAACCCUCUAUGGUGCUAAGAGAAUUUCACUGAGCCAUAGUUGAAGUUCUUUUCCACCAGCUACUGAGACACAGAAUGUGUGUACUUUAAUGCCUACAGCUGAAACUCAGGGUUCUUCUCUGUAUGCAUAUAUUGAAAUCCUAAUAUAUAAAAUGUGAAUAUUGAAGAAUCAGUGUUGCUACACACUACUACUUUUGAGGAGAAUUCCCUGUAGGUACCAGUUUGAUAACACAUCACUGAAUUCUCAGGCAAAAUAAUUCUCAAAGCUGCCUUAAAACUGACAUAUUUAAUAUUUUUCUUUUUAGUAAGUUAACAAUUAUUUCAGUUUGUCUCUGCUAUUAACAAUUAUGAUAAGUCUAUGUUUAAGCUUUUUCGUAUAUUCAAAUUAACAUUGCCUCAGAUACUUCUCUAACUUUUUACAACAUGAAAACAUUAGAAAACGAAUUUGUAUAUAACUUAUAAAGUAAUACAAAUGUUUCUGUCACUUUUUUCAUAAUCCCUGAUUAGGUAAUUUUUAAUGUCAUAUGUAAACAUGUAAACCUGUUGAAUAAUUUAUAGUUACAAUAAAAGUAAU